AUGAAAAGAAAGACUGAGUCUGAAGGGACUGAAAUGGAUAUCCUCAUCAACCGUAAGAUUCCUUCUGAGCUCUUUGGAGAUGCUAGAGAGAAAGAUGAGUUUCUAGCGAGGGAAGAAAUAGCUGGUCUGCUGGAAGAUAUGGAGGGAGAGAAGUGCAUCUCGGAAGAGGAGACUGUCGAGGACAAGAUGAGCGAGAUCUUUGACAAGCUUGAGAAGAGCCAAGUUCUACUGAUUGAGGGGAACACUGGGUGUGGGAAGACGACGAAGAUCCCAAAGUAUCUGCUCAAGAGAUACAAAAGGAUAGUCUGCACACAGCCCAGAAGGAUCGCGGCUAUGAGCAUCGCAAAGAAAGUUGCUCGAGACAUGAAUGUGAGGCUGGGGGAGGUGGUUGGAUAUUCUGUGAGGUUUGAUGAUAGAUCGAGUGGGAGGACCAGGCUCAAGUAUGCCACUGAUGGGAUUCUGAUAAGAGAGAUAAAUGGAGACAAGUAUCUUAAUAAGUAUGAUGUUAUAAUUGUGGACGAAGCACAUGAAAGAAGCAUCAACAUAGAUAUUCUUCUGGGAUAUCUGAAGCAGAUUCUAGUGAAGAGAAAUGAUGUCCGUGUGAUCAUAAUGAGUGCAACGCUAAACUCCGAGAAGUUUAUUUCGUUCUUCAAGUGCCAAACGGUUGAGAUCCAGCACAAGAUGUUCCCAUUGGAGAUAUUUUUCUUGAAGAAGUCUGAAGUUGUGGACUACUUGGGUGAAGCUGUGAAGACUGCUAUUCAGAUACACCGGACGGAGGAGAGUGGAGACAUACUGGUGUUUCUAACUGGAAAAGAGGAAAUAAAUGGAGGGCAUGCACUCCUUACAGAGGAGCUGGGAAGGGAUGUUGAAGUGUGCUGCUUGUACAGCACUCUUUCUCCUGAGGAGCAGGAGGCUGUAUUCAAGAAGACGGAGAAGAGGAAGAUUGUUCUUGCAACAAACAUUGCAGAGACCUCGAUAACAAUUGAGGGAAUAAAGUAUGUGGUGGAUUGCGGGAGGUCGAAACAGAUGAGAUACUCUGCAUCUUUUGGGAUGGACAUAUUGGAGGUUGGGUGGAUAUCGAAGUCACAAGCCAAGCAGAGGGCUGGAAGAGCAGGGAGGACGCAGAAGGGAAAGGUGUUCCGAAUAUACUCGAAAGAAGAGUAUCAAAAGAUGAACGACAACACAGUGCCUGAGAUAUUCUGCUGUAACCUUGCAAAGGCUGUGCUGGAACUGAAGUCGAUUGGGCUAGAUGAUAUUAUGAACUUCGAUUUUAUAGACAGGCCUGCAGUCUCGAAUCUGAAGAAAGCAUUGGAGCUACUAUAUUAUCUUCGAGCUAUAGAGGGAAAUGGAAGGAUAACACCGAUUGGGGUGAGGGCAUCCAAGAUUCCCUUGGAACCCGAGAUGGCCAUCUCAUUGAUUGUGUCUGAGGAGCUUGGUUGUCUUGACGAUGUUUCGAUCAUAUCAGCAAUGCUGAGCGUGGGCAAUGUGUGGCAGGACAUUCCUCGGCAUAGCCAGUUGUACAAAGCGUUCCUUUAUGCGAAGACCAUUCAUUCUGAUAAGAGGGGAGAUCACUUUUCGUUUCUUGGAAUAUAUAGAAGAUGGGAGAAGACAGGGUUUAAGGUGUGGUACUUGAAGAAGUGGUUUCUGAACGUCAGGAACAUGCUUCAGGUUGUGAAGAUAAAGAAACAGCUGUGCUCAAUGUUCAAGGGGCCAUGCCGAUCUGAUGAGAGCAAGGUUGUGCUGUCGUUCUGUGCAGGAUACUUUAUGAAUGUUGCAAAGCUUUCCGGGGGAUCAUACACAUCUAUAUUCAAUGACACAAAGUGCUUUAUUCACAAUACCAGCUGCAUUUCGAGACAGCAUCCAAAGUAUAUUCUCUACCAUAGCUUGUGUAAGACUGAGAAGGAGUAUGCAAGAUACUGCGUGGAGGUGACACAGGAAGAUCUGCUUAAAGGGGCAAACCAUGUGUUUAGUAGACAACAGAAGCCUGAAAAGUAG